AUGCAAAUUUCCUUCUUCAAAUGCCUUUUUGUGAUCAUCGUGAUCGUGCUUUUGAUGAAUUCUCGCCAACAUUUCACGACCUUCACACAAAGCUUCUUCAUAGAAAACAAUAAAAAAUUUGCCCAACAAGGAUCUUUGGAAGAAUAUUACCCCAGUGAUGGAAAUGAAAUCGGGAUGAAGCUACUUUCCCGAUUGUUGAAUGUAAAAUUCUUGAGAAACAAGGAUGAAGUCAAAAAAUUCAUCUACCCAGUGUCGAUGGACGAGAAAAUCGUCUCGAUCUCGCUGGGGAUCGGCAAUGAUAAUCAAGUGGAAAAACAGCUAAAGGAAAUUUUCAAAAACAUCGAGCUUUUCGGUGCGGAUCCCUUUGAGGCGACAGCCGGUGUGUUCCGAGAGGUCGGACGGGUGGAUCUGCUUCUUUUGGAUCGGAAUCGAUGGAAAAAUCAAUGGAACCGUGCUCGUGGACGGCUCCUACAAAACGCAGACGAUCCCCUCGAUCACUUUUGGGAAUUACUUGAAAAAAAUAAACAGAAAGUUCAUCGAUUUUCUUCUGAUCGACAUCGAGGGCCC